AUGGAUGUGACAGAAAUUGUUGACCAUGAGCCAGUGGCUCGACCCUUUAGGUGUGACUGGGAGAAUUGCGAAAAGUGUUUCAAUCGAAAAUCGGACCUUCAAAGGCAUUACCGGAUACAUACGAAUGAGAGACCGUACGCCUGUACAUAUGAAGGAUGUGGUAAGAGCUUCAUACAACGUAGCGCCUUGACGGUCCAUAUCCGCACUCACACCGGCGAAAAACCUCAUCAAUGUCAACAGGUUGGAUGCGGCAAGCGUUUCUCGGAUUCUUCGAGUCUGGCUCGACAUCGACGUAUCCAUACCGGCAAACGGCCUUAUAAGUGCCCUCACGUGGGUUGCGUUAAAAGAUUCUGCCGGAAGACAACGAUGGUUAGACAUCAAAGGCAAACCCACCAGGGGGAUAUUCAUUCAGGGAUGGUAGAUUUCUCUUCCGACUCGGACAGCGGCGAGUUUGGAGACGCCCACGGAUACCAUGGCGAAAUGGUCCAGCCGUUUCAACAUCCCGCAACUCAAGGGCUUCAGCGAACGGCCACCGCACCGCAGCAACCGUACUAUGUACCGGAUCAGAACCUCCCUGCCUUCGCGAUGAUGAGCACGAAUCCGAUACAACAACAGUACCAUAUGCCGAGGCAGCAACCUGUGCGGCCCCCAAUGCCCCCAAUACAAAUUCCGUACAAUGCGGCGGGGAAUAUGGUUAACUCAAUCCAAGAUAUCAAUAGCCCUGAUAGCUUCACGACGGGAAUUUCAGAUUACAGCGCGCCAGGUCAUGAUAGCUUUUACACGCACCAGUCUCCACAUAUGGCGGCGUAUGCGCCAAAUUCGCUAGACACGACGUCUGUCAUGGAGCGAACCAUGGCGCAAACCAUGGUGCAAACCAUGGCGCAGUUCCCGUUCCCUCAGCAAAUCCCCCAGCUAGUGCAUCAGCCGAUUCAUCAACAAGUGAAUCAACCGAAUUAUUCUUCCCAGCCGAUGCAACCUCAGAUACCUUCCGUGCAACAGGCUCAUCAGGUUCAAAACCAAUAUCAACCGGCGCCAACGCAGCAAGAAGAGCAAUGGUACACCUCGAUGCCUUUCCAGCAACCGGCUCAGGUUCCUACCGUGGGUCAAGUACCGUCUUUCGGGACUGGGCUCGGGACUGGGCUAGACAGCAUGUGGUGCGACAAGCCGGAUUUUGACGAGGACCCGUUGAUGCAGCUGCCGAGUAAAAGACUCGAUGACUUCUGA